GUUUAUGGAAUUGUUACAAUUGUUACAUCCCAAGUUCCAAUAUACUCUAUUUAGGCCUAAGUGAAGGGUAUAAACGGUAAAUAAAACAAAAACAGAUGGUGGCGCCAGCAAGUAGUCUCCAAAAUAACCCAAAUUCCGACGAUGAUGAGGCGGUGUGUUCGGCGCCCACUUCCAUGUUGGUCCUGGACGCCAAGCGGAAAAGCGCCUUUCUGCCGUACCGCCCUCAAUCCACCGUGCUGACCAAUUUGCAGCGCGGCAAUACAGAGGCCACUUUUUGUCCCGUCGAGGUAUCGUUAUCUUUUCACGAACGUGCUGGUCAAGGCGAGAUCACUGAGGAGCAAGUGGCUGCAGAACGGGGACGGCACCAGGACAUUGACUUUAAGGACUCCCACGGUUUUACGGCCCUUCAUUGGGCUGCUUCCUAUGGGCAACUGGUUUCGGUGCAACUUCUUGUUGCCGCGGGUGCCAAUGUGAACACCAUGGCUCCAGAUUUGGUAAGUCCCUUGCUCUUGGCUGCAGCUGGAGGACACAACGAAAUCGUUCGCUUCCUGCUGGAAAACGGCGCAGAUUCUGGACAUAUGGACAUCGUUGGAAGCACGGCUUUGAUGUACGCGGCGGCUGGCAAUCAUCCGCACACUUGCAACGAGCUGUUGGCCAGGGAUUUGGAUCUGAGUGCCACCAAUGAGGACGGAGACACCGCUUACUCUCUAGCUGUAGAACAUGGCGCUAAUUUGGCUCAGGCAUUGCUGGAGCAAUACAUGACAGCGAUAAUUACGGCGGGGGCCUUCGGUAGCAUAUAAUUGUGGGUAGAUAUAUAGGGGGUAUAUGGGACCUACAGUCCUUAAAUAAGCACUUUUACACAUAUUGAAAUAAUUCAAUAAUAAUCCAAAAAAGCCUUUAACGCCCAAACCUUAUUUGUAAAAAUGGUCAUUAAGAAUUUUAUACAAUAAACUCUGCGUUAAACCAGUAAUAAAAUUCAAAA